AUGGGUGGCCGGCACCGCUUUAGGCUGAAGAACCUAUUCAAGACGAAAACGGCGGAAGAUGAGCCUAGUACAGCUCCAUCACCAGUCGGCGAUCCACCCCCGUCUUUAAUUCCCAGGACAGUUCCAAUCCCAGAACCACCUCCUGUUGAAAAGCAGCCAGAAGACAAUACCGAACGGAACAAGUUGCAGGAGGACCUGUGGAAUGAUGCUUACAAUACACUUCGCGACAGCGGCAAUAAGCACAUCGUGGAGUAUGAAGAAAUUCUUUUGUCUGAGCUUAAAAACGAUAACCCUGAUGUAACUUCACUGGGGACUUCUUACGAAGAGCGCUGGCAAAACAUGCAGCGGCUUGUUGAGAUUGGUCUAAAGAAGACCGAAAAAGAAGCCAAGAUUUAUGGCAAGGUGAACGAUGGUCUACAGCUCUUUGACACGGUGAGAUCACUCGUCACCCCAGCUGUAUCCGCCGUCCCACAAGCUGCCAUUCCGUGGGUCGGAGUAUGCUUCAUUCUCGAAGUCUUUUCGAACCCAGCCAAACAGCCAGGCGUCCAUCGCGCGGGACUGCAGCAUGUUCUUUCUCGCGUCAACUGGUACUGGAACCUGGCAGAACUUCUCCUUCAAGAUAAUUUGGAAGCGAAAGAAGAUCUUGGGGAAACCGCACUGUCUAACCUGCGAGGGGAGCUCAGGAAAUAUGUCUUGGAUCUGUACCAGACAUUUCUCUCUUACUUGAUCGAGAGUGUGUGCUACUUUCAAAAGAACCGCGCCGCUGCGUUCUUAAAGAGUGUGGUUUACAUCGACUAUUGGGGCGGCAAACUCACGGACAUCAAGGCCUCAGAGACAGAAUUCGAAAGAAUGUCCAAGAAGUACAAUACGACAGAAUCCCGCGAGAGACUCGGGACUUUGGUCAUUGGUGUUAAGAACAUCGAGAAGGCCAUUGAUCGUCAGACCCAGCAAUUACAAAAACUCGACGAGGACGGAAACAACAGGGUCUGCUUCCAGGAUCUCUACACGACCAAUCCCUUCCUUGACAAAAUGCAGAUUGAACGUGACAAGGGGACACCUUUGCCACAUUGCUAUUCAUGGAUUUUUCUCACCGAGGGUUUCCAGACUUGGCAACAAGAUCCUGCUCAAAGACUGCUUUGGAUCAAAGGUGACCCUGGAAAAGGCAAGACGAUGCUUCUCUGUGGUAUCAUCGAUCGACUUGAUGAGUUAAUGCCAAAUCUCAUCUCAUGUUUCUUCUGUCGAGCCACGGAGCAUUAUCAGAAUGAUGCUACAGCAGUUCUUCGUGGCUUGAUCUGGAGUCUUGCAUGUCAGCACCCCAAGCUCAUCUCUCACGUACGCACACAGUUUGACAAUAUUGGGCGAAAAGCCUUUGACGGUCCAAACAAAUGGGAAAUUCUGUCCAAUAUCCUCAAGAGGAUGGUAUCAGACGAAGACGAUUGCGUUCCAGAGGGUACCACGAUUGCCAUAGACGCACUUGACGAAUGUAUCAAAGACAACGACAAGCUCCUCGAUCUCAUCCUCGAAAUUUGCGCCAAUGAGAACUCCAAGGUCAAGUGGCUUGUUUCAAGUCGCAAUUGGGUAGAGAUUGAAGACACCUUCAUGGACGAAUCGAUUAGCUCCAAACGGGUGGUUCUAUCUCUCGAAGAUGACGAAGAAGUUGAACAAUCGAUUCAAAGGGCUGUUGAGGCAUUCAUCAAGUACAAGGUUGAAGAUCUCAAGAAGAAAAAGAAGCAUGCCGAGUUUCCACCCGAGGUCAAUACCAUCUUUACUGAAAAGGCAGGCAACACCUUUCUAUGGGUAUCUUUGGCGUGUAAGAGAUUGGAGAGCAAGGACGUUGAGCCAUGGCAGAUUCCCAAAAUACUUGAGGAUUUGCCAUCCGGUUUGAGGGACCUUUACAGGCGCAUGAUGCAAGAGAUCAAGGAUUCCAGCCAUGCAUCGCAAUGCAGGGACAUUCUAGCUGUUACCACCCUGGUGUAUCGCUCGUUGUCAUUGGCAGAAUUGUCAUCAAGUGCCAAGUCACUGUCUCAGCAUUCGACUAGACUUGACGCCCUCAAAAGACAGGUCUUGCGCUGCAAAGGGUUUCUGGUCAUCUCUGAUGAUAUGGUGUCGUUUGUGCAUCAAUCUGCCAAGGACUUUCUAUUGGAAGACCAGCUUGCAAAAGAAUUUGUUUGGGAAGCUGACAACGAGGAACUACUAUCAAAGAGUUUUCAUCGCCACCACCACGGCAUUUUACUAACAAUGUUGCAAACAAUGAAAAAGACGCUCAAGCACGACAUAUAUGAUCUCAAGAAACCGGGUGUACCUGUACCGCUUCUUGAUCGAGAAGAUGCCUCCGACCCUUUGGAUUCGGUCGAGUAUGCCUGUUGUUACUGGGCCGAUCAUAUUUCGGCAUUCGACGACGAGAGUGCUUCCGCUACCCUCGAAUUCCUGAAAGAAUCUGUUCUUUACUGGCUAGAAGCUUGUUCACUCCUUGGAGAAGUGGUGACUGCGGUGCUGGCAAUUCAAAAGCUGCAGAACCUAGUUAUCGGUACAGAAUACCACGAAUUGGCAAGUGUAUUGCAGGACACCAGACGUUUUGUCUCCAACUUUAAAAGUGCAAUCGAACUUUUCCCUCUGCAAACAUAUGUGUCUGGGCUUCUCUUCAGUCCUAGGAGCUCUGUAGCACGGCAAGCAUUCCAGCAACAUGCCUUCAAAACAUCUUGGAUUGAUCUGCCUAUCCUGGAAGACUGGGAUGCCUGUGUCCAGACACUCGAAGGCCACAAAUCCACAGUAUUAAACCUUGCCUUCUCCGGUGACGGCAAAUGGCUAGCAUCUGCCUCUGAAGAUUCUACACUCAGGGUUUGGGACGUGGCAACGGGUGUUUGCUUACAGACUAUGGCCUACCCAUAUGCAGAUGUACAAGCAGUUGCAUUCUCUCCCGAUAGCGCUUGUCUUGCGUCGGUGUCUACCAACUAUGCAAUUGACUUUUGGGAUACUACCUCAAAUGAGUUCAAAAAGAGGCAUAAAGUCAAUACCAAAGGGACUAAUGUUCUUGGCCUUCUUUUCUCACCGGACGGCAAAUGGCUUGCUUCUUGGUCGGAUGGGCCCAAGGUCCAGAUUCGUGAUGCGAAAACAGGUAAUUGCAUUUACGAUUUCACACUUGAGCAAGGACGUGGAUCAGCAAUCGGGCCACAGACUCGAUUUUCGUUUUCAUCGGACAGCCAACGCAUCUUGGUUGGGUCAGGAACUGUGGGCAUCCGUGACAUAGUCAAUGGCUCAUGGAUCACCGAAAACCAGAUUUGGCCAGGACGUCUUUUGACAUCAGCUUUCCUUCCAGAUGGGUCUUGGGUAGGACACGCCUAUGGUGAACAUGGCCAUUUAAUUUGGAGGCUUUCUGACAGCGGCGCCGAGUGCAAGACCGAAAUACUCGGGGAAGACGGGUGCGGACUCCCGCCUUCAGGUCAAUAUCCACUUGAUAGACCUUUAUCUUCGUGGGAAAGACCAUCGGCUUUUUCAGGUGACGGCAAGCAGAUUGCAACAUGCACUCAAUAUCCUUUCAGGAUCGCCAUAGUUGAGGUUGCUACUGGAGACGUGUCAUAUGCGGAUGCUCGAAGCUCAGCAGAUGGUACAAGUGGUCUUCCUACAGCAAUGGCAUGGUCAUCCAAUAGCCAAUGGCUCGCUGUUGCAGGAGUACAAGGUAAUGGGGAAAUCACGAUUUGGGAUCCAAAGGCAAUCAAAAAUGGCAGCAAAGACAAUGGGAUUCAAAAACGCAUACAUACAAUGGCAUUGUCUGCAGAUGGCCAGAGACUUGCUACAGGUUCUCAAGACGGCACUGUUGAGAUCCAGGAUAUGGCGCGUCCAAGUAACAACAUUCUUACACUCAAGGGUCAUGAUUCUACUAUACACGGAAUAGUAUUUUCUCCAUCUGGCAACAUGCUCGCAACCCAGUGCACAUACCACGUCAAGAUAUGGAACAUGAAAGCAGCUGGUGAAUGCGCACAUACAUUCAAAGCUGGUCCAAUCGACAUUCGCUUCAUUACGAUAUCAUUUUGGCCCAUGGCCUUUUCGGUAGACGACUCCCAAUUCGCAUUUGUCAAGGGCGAAGAUAUGGUUGAACUCCAUGACCUCACAAAGCAAACCGUGUCUGAACUCGACAUGGAACAUGUAUCGUGUUUAGUGUUUUCGCCUGACGGCCUGUCAUUAGCAGCAGGCAAUAAAGUCGGAAAAAUCAAAAUCUGUGAUUUGCAGACAAAAGAUGUACAGGAACACAAAUCUGGAUCUUCCCAAUAUCCACACGCCAUUACCUUUUCAUCUGAUGGGAAACUGCUCGCGUACGCUACCACGACAGGUGAGAUUUACGUGUGGGAAAUGCCAUCAGAAAGGGGUAUCUUUAAACUUGAGACUGGGUUGUUGACGGCGCAAUUAUCGUUCAGUUCUGACGGUAGGUCGCUUUUGACUGAACAAGGCCGUUUGACACCCGAAUGUUGGCCGUCGGUCGUUGACGGCCAGGAUGCUGAGGCUGAGAAUAAUCAACUCGCAGCAGCACCGUUUGUUACUCGAGGAUAUGGAAUUGGGUUUGAUGGAACUUGGCUGGUAAAGGAUGGUGAGAGAUUAGUUUGGUUGCCCCCUCAGUACAGGUCGAGCUCUGACUUUCAGAAACAUGUACUUGUUGCUGGUUCAGUUGUUGCGAUUCGCAGUAGCUCUGAUGAGUUGUUGAUGUUUGACUUUGGUGAUUGA